AUGAGGGAAGGAGAGAGGCACGGGCACCUCUACCCUCUCUAUAGCCUGUGCUUGGUCUGGGUCUUCCAGCAGAACCAGUCAAACAUGGAGAGAGGAAACCACACGAGCGCCUCCGAGUUCAUCCUCCUAGGGCUCUCCAGCCGGCCAGAGGGGCAGGAGCUGAUCUUCAGUCUCUUCCUUGUCAUGUACCUGGUUGGGGCAGCAGGGAACUUGCUCAUCAUCCUGGCCGUUGGCUCACACUCCCAUCUCCACACGCCCAUGUACUUCUUCCUCAGCAGCCUUUCCCUGGUGGAUCUCUGCUUCAUCUCCACCACAGUCCCCAAGAUGCUUGUGAACAUCCAGACACAGACUCAGUCCAUUUCCUACGGUGGCUGCCUAGCCCAGAUCUACUUUUGCAUUUUGCUUGCCAACAUGGACAACUUCCUCCUGGCAGCAAUGGCUUAUGACCGCUAUGUGGCCAUCUGCCACCCCCUGCACUACUCCACCACGAUGAGUCUGCAAAUCUCUGCCCUGAUGCUGGGAAGCUCCUGGCUCAUUGCCAACUUCCACUCCCUGCUACACACCCUCCUCAUGGCUCGGCUGGAGUUCUGUGCCAGCAAUGUCAUCCCUUACUUCUUUUGUGACCUUGUUCCCCUGCUCCAGCUCUCCUGUUCCAACACUCACCUCAACCAGCUCAUGAUUCUGCUGGUCGGGGGCUUGAUCGUCCUCAUCCCCUUUCUCAGCAUUCUUAUCUCCUACAUCCACAUCAUGUCUGCUGUGCGCAGGGUCCCAUCUGCCCAGGGCAAACAAAAGGCCUUUUCCACCUGUGGGUCCCACCUCACUGUAGUCAUCCUCUUCUAUGGGACCAUCACUGGGGUCUACCUGAGUCCCUCAUCUUCCCGCUCAGCAGACAAGAAUUCACUGGCUUCAGUGAUGUAUAUGGUGGUCACCCCCAUGCUGAACCCCUUCAUCUACUGCCUGAGGAACAAGGACAUGAACGGAGCUCUGUGGAAACUGCUCAGUGUGAAGGCUUUAUCCUGUGGGUUAUGA